AAUACGCCAAAGAUGACAGUGGAAGUCCGUGCAGCGUCUGUGCCUCGGUACAAUGUGCACAUCAGCUUCAGCUCAUGUGGACUCUUCGACCAUUGCGUGCGUAAGAACAGCGAUUGAGCUUCAGCCGCCGGAUGAGAGAUCAUGCAUGCGUUCAUGUGAGCAAGAGUCCGCGAGCCGCCCUCUGAGCAUGCUUUUGAAAGCCAAUCACUGAAGUGCCAUCCAAGUCAAUCGAUCCCUCUCGUCCUCGUACUACAUCUAGACCAAUCCUAGUCCAACUGCUGCCCCCCCUUCUCUCUCUCUCUAACAUAUCGCUUUCAACCCACAACGUCAGCGGCCUUGCCACGACACUAUGGCGGGACUCCUUACAUACCAGCCCUUCAAGGCCAUAUAUGCCCUCCUCGCGGCGGCAUUCGAGGCUGCAAGGUUCCCUCUAUGGAUUCUUCUCUACAUAUCCUCCAGUGGUCGGCCGCACAAGAAAUGGACGUUACGGCAAGCAAUUGGUGUACGGAUAAUACGGCAGUUUGUGUACCACAGCGCCGCUGUUGAGGUUGUGACCCCGUACAAUUUGAAGCCGGGCAGCGAGAAGGAACGUUUCGUGACCUGUGAGCCAGCGCCCGGCAGCAUGUACAAAGGGCCGCUCCAAGACAAGCAAAUCAAGCCUCUCACAACUGGCGGGACGUGGACUCCAAAGCCGAUCACGCCGGCAGAGAUUGAGACGGGAAAUAUUGACGUCGUUUUACAUUUCCAUGGUGGCGCAUACGUUCUGGGUGACGGCAGAGAUGCGGACACAUCGUUUUUGGCAAAGACACUUCUAAAGCAUGCGCGCGUCACCCACGUUUUCACGCCAAACUACCGACUCUCCUGCAACGCUGGUGGUCGUUUCCCAGCCGCAUUCCAGGACGCGGUGACGUGCUAUUACCAUCUCGUCAAGACUCUCAAGAUUCCAUCCGAUCGAAUCACUAUCUCUGGUGACAGUGCGGGUGGCAACCUGGCAUUCGCGCUGCUCCGAUACCUCACCGAGUAUGGCAAAGACGUCGGUCUUCCGUUACCAGGCUGCGCAUGGUUUUGGAGUCCCUGGGUCAAUGUCGAGGAAGCUCGCAACCCAGAAGCUCUUCAUAAUUCCAAGCAGUACAGUACGGACUAUUUGACCGCUCCAUUCGCGAUGUGGGGAGCUCGCAUGUUUGCUCCACUCGACCAAGGCCUAGACACCACUUCCCCCUACAUCACACCCAUCGGCCAUCCGUUUAUGACGCCUGUCCCGAUCUGGGUAUCCACCGGUCGUGCGGAGGUGCUGUAUGAUGACAACAAAGCAAUUGCCGAGCAGUUCGAGAAGCUUGGAAACAAGGUUAGCCUUCACGUCAUUGACAACGUCCCCCACGACAUUAUUCUGCUUGGUCACAUUUUAGGAUUCACGAGGGAGGCCGCGGCUGCGGCGAAGAAUGCUGGCGAGUUCCUCCAGGCUGAGAGGGCCAGGCUUUGAUCACAAGGAGUGCAAGACAAGCGUUCGAUUGCGGAUAGACUUAGGGAGGCAGUAAAAUGGGGCAUAUUCCCUGCUGUCAUCGGGCAAUAUUCAUAUUCAACCCUA